GAUCCUGGGAAGCCAGACCGGCAAGAUGGCGGCGCGAGCAUCGAUGGGUGCCCUGGGCUGGCGUCUCUGGAAGGGUUCGAGGAAUUUUUCUGUAAGCAGUUCUAGGAACAGUACAGCCCAAAAUGGUGGCUUUCUCCUCAGCACCAAUAUGAAGUGGGUACAGUUUUCAAACUUACACGUUGAUGUUCCCAAGGAUUUGACCAAACCUACGAUAACAAUUUCUGAUGAACCAGACACAUUAUAUAAGCGCCUGUCAGUUUUAGUAAAAGGCCAUGAUAAGGCUGUGUUGGACAGUUAUGAAUAUUUUGCCGUGCUUGCUGCUAAAGAACUUGGUAUCUCUAUUAAAGUACAUGAACCUCCAAGGAAAAUAGAGCGAUUUACUCUUCUCAAAUCAGUGCAUAUUUUCAAGAAGCACAGAGUUCAGUAUGAAAUGAGAACACUUUACAGAUGUUUAGAGUUAGAACAUCUCACUGGAAGUACGGCAGAUGUCUACUUGGAAUAUAUUCAGCGAAACUUACCUGAGGGAGUUGCCAUGGAGGUUACAAAGACAAAAUUAGAACAGUUACCAGAACACAUCAAGAAGCCAAUCUGGGAAACAGUACCAGAGGAAAAAGAAGAAAGCAAGUCAUAAAGUCUCAGACCACUUGUGCCGGGAUGUGAAAUGAGGGUGGACCAGACAGGCACAUGAAGGUGGUGUUGACAAAAAUGAUCAACAAACAGUAAGACUAGAAGAGAGUUUUGAGGCAAACUGAGGACUAGCCCACUUCCCAGAUUUCUUGAGAAGCUGCUCUGGAGAAGCAGGGUUUUCAGCACAGUUUUAUAUCUUGUCAGAAUAAAGAUUAAACAAGUCAGAGUUACAUUUCUUCAAGGUUUCAAAAAAAAAAAAGACCAGCACGUACACAGCAAGUCAGUGUGGCCUUGGCACCUGGGAAGGGCGUUUUACCAUUGAAGGAGGACUGGCAUUAGAGUCCCAAAAAGAGGGGCAUUUAACUUUUAUUUUUAACAUGGACAGUCUUCUCUUCUGGUCAGUGCGCCCUUUACUAAAGCAGAUGUACAAUAUGUGUUUGCUAACAGGCUAUUUUAUAUUUUAGUUAGCAUGAAAUUCAGCUUAACACGUGUAAACCAGAAUGACUUACCUGUAUCUCAAUAUGUGAAAAUUUCUUUUAUCAUUUCUUCCCUUCUGAUCGUAAAUCUUUUGAUAGAAAAACAUUGAUCAAAAUGUCCCUCGAGAUGGGGAUGGUCAUUGUGGCUGCCCUGGGUCCAUCCUGUCCCUCGGUGCUAGGUUUUUUGUUUGUUUGUUUUUGUUUUUUGUUUUUUUUAAGGAGUAGAGUUAUCUAGUUAUCUUUUUGGGAGGAGUAAUUAAUCAAAUGUAAUGAAUAAAAAGAUAUAUGUGGACAGGGAAGCGUUUUGUAGGCUAUACUUAUUAACCAUAUUGUCAUGUGAACGUUGUACACUGCUUUUAGCAGCGGUAGACUUAAAGCAAACAGUGAUAACAUGGCAGGAGUGGCUUGAUAGCUGGGAAAAUUAUGCAUAUUGUGAAACUAAUUACUUGUAAAGCAGAGCAAAAAAAUUGCCUGUUCCUGAAGAGAGCCAACUAAACAGGUCAUUUAAAGGGUCAGUUGUUUUUUUUUUUUUUUUUUUCAUUUAUAACCGUUUUGCUUUCUGGGAAGUUCUUUCUAGGCACAUCUCAGUGUCUACCGAGACAUAUAAGUGCAACAAGUAGUAUGAGCACUAUCACAAAUGCUUCCUUGUUGAGCCAGAAAAUCUCAGGCAACCCCGUUGUCUAAUACUGUUUGGGUGGAGGGAUUUAGGGGUGUCUAUGGUGCUGCAGUGCUUUUUGUGGUCUCUGGCUGUUUGACCAGUGGUGGCUGAUAGAUUUCUGAGCAUAUUCCUGGCUAGAUAUACUCCUGCACUGGGAAUUUUGAUUCCCAAAAGACUGCCACCAGGUUCCUUGGUCCCCUGCUAGCAUAGGUCUUAAGGGGAGAGAAAGGAGGUUCAUCCGUUUCCCUGUGUAUAGAUAACGCGGUUACAUAGUGUCCCAGUAAGCAUAAAGCUUCUAUUUGCCAGCUGUUAGCACUUACAUGCCCAUCCCUGGGAAGGUGGAUCAAUUCCAGUACCACGUAUGAAGACCAAACCUGGGGGAGCACAAGGGAUCCUUCCUACAGUGCGUCAUUGCUAGCCUCAUUCAUGGGGAGCUUUGGUAACCUGGUACUAAACUAUGGGUCAUUUCUCUUGCAGGCUUUCUAGAAGCCUUCUACAUGGUAUUUGAUAUAAGGGAAUUGCUAGGAUAAUUUACUUGUGUUUUUAAAGACAUUUUCAAAUUAAGUAAGGGAUAGAGCGAGGGGGGUCCUAGGUUACAUUGUCUUCAGUCUUUAAGGACUGAGGAUGUAUAUCAGACAAGGGAUGGACAUAAUCUUUCAGGUUCAGCGUCUUCAAUAUAUUAUAUCAGAGGGAGGUUGGUCUGGGUGAGUGGUAACAUUAGGGACAUCUGAAAAGUCAGUGAUAAAUAUGAGGGGCCCGUCCUAUCCCAGUGGCUAUACUUUGUGACAGCUUUACUAAAGAACUUUUUCAUCUUGAAUAUUGAGGCAAAAGUGUAGCUAGAAGUAAAACAGUACCUUUUGAUUGAUAGCGAGAUGAACGUUUGGUGAACAGUUCAGUUGCACUAAUAGCUUGAGUCUUACAGGCCUUGUCUGGGCUCUUGGAUUAGCCGUCUGCCGUAAUCGUCUUCUCGUCCUGGCUUGGUAGUGUUGAUCUUAGUCAAAGCUGGCUGUCAGGAAUAGGGAACAAAGCCCAUUCAGGUGGAGGGGCCUAAGAUAAAAGAUGUCAAUCCAUCAGUCUAUACUUUCUAAUUUGGCAGCACAUGACUUAGUCAUACCUGAUAAGGUCUUUACAGGGUGGCUGCAAAGAAUCUUUCAUGUUUUUUCCAAUAAACAAAUCUCCCAUGGUCCUUAAAGUCUUCAUCUCCCAGGAGCUCACUGUGAAGGGAGUUAGCUACUAAUUUUUCACUUUCCUUGUUUUAAUAAGACCCUGACAAUAAUGUAGUAGAUCUCCUUGGAGUAAAGUUAGUCCAUAUAUUUCCUCGUCUACUCAUAUAGGCCAUCCUGUUAUUUCAAAAGGAGACACCAAUGUUUACCAAAAAGGCAUAGAUCUAAGGUUCAGAAGCACUAGCAGAAGAGCUUUUGGCCAUGGGAGAUUAAAUGCUUGUGACAGUUUGCCAAUUGCGCUUGAUAAUGUCAUGUCCUUUUUACCAGACCUGAAGAUUGGGGAGGAUAAAUGCAGUGAAAAUGCUGCAUUGUUGGCCAGAUGUUCUGGAUAGAUUUGUCCAGUCAGUGACUUACCCCGUCACUGUGUAAUUCAGAAGGAAUUCCCCAAAUAGGAAUUAUCUUUUUUAAUAACAAUUUACCUACUGUUAAAGCCAUUGCUCUUCUGCGUGAAAAAGCUUCAAUCCAGUGUGAAAACGUGCAGGUCAUUACCAAGAUAUGUUUGUUUCCUUGAGAUGGUGGCAUUUGGACAGAGUCCAGUUGCCAUACAUCAAAAGGUCCCUUAGGAAGAGGAAAGUUAGCCUUGUGACACAUGAAGUGACUUUCCAGAAUUAUAUUCAGGACAUACAUUACAGUGAGCAUACACCUUAUAUGAGCCACCAUGGGAAACUUUCCAAACAUACGCUGUUUUUCCUAUAGAAUCAUUUUUUUUCAGGUGUCUAGUGACUUAAGAAAUAUUUGUGUAUAUAUAAUGCUGGAGCAACGGCAGUUGGGCUCCAGCAGGUACUACAGGUUUCUCAUCAGGUCCAAACCAUAUUUGUGUUACAGGGUUAAAAAUCUCCCCCUUUUGAUUGCUGUGUGUUUUUCUUCGGUGGCAAUUUUUUGAGCCUGUAGAAUAAACUCCCUUUUUGAGUUAGCAGGGUUAACAGAGAGCAGUGGACAUUCUCAAGGCUGGACAGAAUGAUUAUUUAAAGCAGCUUGCUUGGCGGCAGCAUCAGCAAGCUAAUUUCCUUUAGCUUCUAUAGUCUUAGAUUUGGAAUGCCCUGGUGUUUUAGUUGCUAACUGUUUUGGCAGUUGUACAGCGUUUAAUGACUGCAGCCUGUUUUCCAUUUUUUCCCCUAGCCUGUCCCUGAGAGGUUAAAA